AUGGGUGUUCGUACUGUGAAACUCCAUCGGCAUGAUUCGACAACUUCUUCUUUCCUCAUUUCUAGCUGUGCUAGGACGUGCAGUCCUCUAAAAAGUACGUUCACCAAGACGUGGCGACAGGAUGGGCUGCCGCUGCCAUGUCCGCCUGUUCGACGUCAACAAUCGUUCGUUCGUGCGCGUGCUGCUGAUUCGCCACCUCCUUCGUCGAGUAACCGUUCCUCAGACCGCACGGCGCAGCAGAAUUCAGCCAAUCAUAGACGCGGCUCAGUGGCUCGGCGCGCCGCGGUGACCUCCGAGCCGACGCCGGAGUCUGGAGGAGAGGGGUCUAUGCGCCUACCCUCCGCUGGAAGCCUUUUCAGAAAGAUCGCAUCGAGUAUCCCCUUGCCUCGCCAAUCGAGACCCUCUCAACCAUCCUCCCCACCCACUACUUCAACGGCGAGUUCACCCCCACCGUCGACCGCAGCCGGAAAUUCCUCAUUUUCCGGUUCAACCGUCAAGUCCUCCGCGGGUAUACGACCCAGGUCUAAGAGCGGGGGAGAUACGGAUCUGGACCCCAGUCGCGCGUUGCCGUUGCCCAUGACGUAUCCAGACUCGAAGCCGCUUUCGCUAGAGACCGUGGAAGACAUGGUUCGCUGCGACCCUGAAACCCAGAAUUGCAAGGAGGUGGUGUUUCAGUGGACGGGCAAAUGCAGUCGGUGUAAUGGCGCAGGCUUUGUUACGUUUCGAAGAAAGAAGGGGAAGGACUUUUCGGGGAAGUGCAUCACGUGCCACGGAAUAGGGUAUGUGAACAGAUUCACUGUGAGGGAUGACAUCCCCCUGCCCCCUUCCCCUGCUCCCUUACCCUGCUCCCUUCCCCUGCUCCCUUCCCCUGCUCCCUUCCCCUGCCCACUUCCCCUGCCCACUUCCCCUGCCCACUUCCCCUGCCCACUUCCCCUGCCCACUUCCCCUGCCCACUUCCCCUGCCCACUUCCCCUGCCCACUUCCCCUGCCCACUUCCCCUGCCCACUUCCCCUGCCCACUUCCCCUGCCCACUUCCCCUGCCCACUUCCCCUGCCCACUUCCCCUGCCCUCUUCCCCUGCCCACUUCCCCUGCCCACUUCCCCUGCCCACUUCCCCUGCCCACUUCCCCUGCCCACUUCCCCUGCCCACUUCCCCUGCCCUCUUCCCCUGCCCACUUCCCCUGCCCACUUCCCCUGCCCACUUCCCCUGCCCCCUUCCCCUGCCCUCUUCCCCUGCCCUCUUCCCCUGCCCUCUUCCCCUGCCCACUUCCCCUGCCCCCUUCCCCUGCCCUCUUCCCCUGCCCUCUUCCCCUGCCCACUUUCCCCUUCUGCCCGUCACCUCCUGCCCCUUGACCUGUGCUUUCUAUCCCGUCCCCCUGCGCUCCUCCCUCUCCCUCCUGCCCAGACCCUUUUCCCUUGUCUCCUCCGCAGCUCCUAUCGUUGCUCAUCCCAUUCCCCCACACCGUGGCUCCCAUCUCCUUCCUCUUCCCCCCUGUUCUCUUCCCCCCUGCUCUCUUCCCCCCUGCUCUCUUCCCCCCUGCUCUCUUCCCCCCUGCUUUCUUCCCCCCUGCUCUCUUCCCCCCUGCUCUCUUCCCCCCUGCUCUCUUCCCCCCUGCUCUCUUACCAUAUGCGCCCUGCGCCCCUCACUCUCCCUUCUCUUGCCCGAUUCCUUUUGACCCUUAUCCCUCCCACAGCUGCUAUCAUCGCUCAUCUCUCUCCUCACCACAUAUCUCGGCCGCGGGGGAUGCCUCUGACUCUCGAGCCUGCAAUUCUCAAGGAGCUAGUCCCGCCGCCCUCUCUGCUCACCAAAGUGGUAGACACGAUAACGGGGGGCGUGGGGGGAGCAUCAGCCACUGCCACGGCUGCCACGGCAGCAGCCAACAUGCCAGCCCAGCUAGGCCGCUUCUUUGGCGCAGCUGGCGCUGCUGUUGCCAACUCUGUCGCCCAGUCCUUCACCGAGCUACGGGAGCAGCUGGACGUUACUGUCGCACCAUCGGGAUUGGUGGAGCGGUGUGACGUGUACGGGGAGGCGCACGCCACGUGUCGCAUGUCGGGGAUGCCAGAUGUCGCGCUCUCAUUCGUCGACGCACGCGUCUUUUCAGACAUUGCCUUCCAUCCCAGCGUGCGGUACCGGGAAUGGGACUCGGACCGGGUUGUGGCACUCACACCACCCGAUGGCAACUUCAAGCUCCUCUCCUACAGGGUGCGCAGCAUACCGUGCGUGCCCGUGUACAUAAAGCCGCAGAUAGCAUUUGUGGGGGACAGCGGGCGGGUGAACGUGAUGGUGGGUGUGAAGCAUGACCCGGGCAAGCCUGUGGAGGGGCUCGUACUGCUGCUGCCGCUGCCGCUGCAAGUGGCUUCGUGUGACCUGCAGGCGAAUGUGGGGACUGUUGCGUUUGACACAAUCACUAAGCUCUGCACAUGGUCUAUCGGCAGAAUGCCUCGAGACAAGAACCCCUGCCUCUCGGGAGGCCUCCGCCUCUCCUCGCCCCUCCCGCGCCCGCACGUGCACCCGGUGCUGCUGGCGCAUUUCAGGAUCAUGGGGGCAGCACUGUCGGGAGUGCGGAUCGAGUCGGUGGUGGUGCGAGGCGAGGAGAGCCGUCGCCCGCACACAGCCUUCCGAUCCGCGACUGUUGCCGGGUACUUCCAGGGGGGCACUGGUGGGGGAGUGCUGCUGGCGCAGUUCAGGAUCAUGGGAGCAGCGCUGUCGGGCGUGCGCAUCGAGUCGGUGGUGGUGCGAGGGGAGGAGAACCGCCGCCCGCACACAGCCUUCCGAUCCGCCACUGUUGCCAGGUGCUUCCAGUUCAGGAUCAUGGGCGCGGCGCUGUCGGGAGUGCGGAUCGAGUCAGUGGUGGUGCGAGGGGAGGAGAACCGCCGCCCGCACACGGCCUUCCGAUCCGCCACCGUUGCCGGGUGCUUCCAGGUCAGGACUUGA